ACACAUGAAACUUCCGUCAGUCACCUGAAGAGAUUGCUGUGGGCCGUACUGCCGAAAAUGACUUCGAAACAAGAUGAUGUUGACAGCCAGCCUCAUGCCUGUCAUAGUCAUACGGACGAUCAGAAAAGGAAGAAAACUGGUGAUCCUGUUGUUGCCAUACCAACUGCUUCCACUACGCACGAAACACAGAAUGGCCGGAUGGAGAUAACGAAAAGACAACAGGCUGUGGUUGACGCGGAUUACGACGAUUUCGAGACUCAUUGUUUGAAGAGACAGCGAGCGAUUGACCCAGACUAUGAAGAAAUCUCGGAUCAGCCCAGCAAACGGCAGAGAGUCAUCGAGGAAGAUGCCAAGGAGGCCACCAAGCGUAAGAUAGAGCGAAUAAUACAAACCCAUUUCUCAGCAGAAAUCCACAACAAACAGUCGGAAAUUAACAUCAUCGACCAGAGAUUGAAUCAGUCACGUGUGAUGAUGGACCGACUACGAGCUUGUAUUGUCGCCAACUUCUAUGGGACGGCCAGUCAGCAAGGUCUCUCCAAGGGUAAACACUUUUCUGCUGAAAUUCCGUCCAUUCACCCCGCCGUGAAAAAACAUCUGGGAAAGGCUCCCGUCUGUGCUGAUCAGACGCUUGUGUCACAAAGUAACCUCCCAGAGAAGAAGAGCUCUGCGGGGGAGACUACUCCAGUUACAGACCAGGCAAUACCAGCAGCCUCUACAACCGUUAAAGAAGAAGCGACAGCCUCUUUGUGUCAAGCUACGGAAGUGGAACACAAAUCUAAGGUUUCUUCCUCUGCGUCCGCGAGUCGGGUAUCGGAAGCGAAGAGAGGAUCCAGAUUCAGAAUAAAGAAAAAGAUCAUAGUUGGCAAUGUGUCUAAGUUUAUUCCCAUAGACCGACGCGACGUCAACGACCAGGCGUCACACAAGUGGAUGGUGUACGUGCGCGGGCCACAGGAUGAGCCGAAGAUUAACGACUUCGUGAAGAAAGUUUGGUUCUUCCUCCACCCCAGCUACAGACCAAACGACUUGGUUGAGAUCAGCCAGCCUCCGUUUCACCUGACGCGGCGUGGAUGGGGCGAGUUUCCGGUUCGAGUCCAGCUUCAUUUCUGGGACAGCCGCAACAAGAGAGUGGACAUCAUUCACCAGCUCGUGUUGGACAAAACAUGCACUGGAUUGCAGACCCUUGGAUCAGAAACGGUUGUUGAAAUUGAACUUGAGAAGGAAGAAGUUGAGGAAAGACUGACUAAUUCCGUGAACGUGCCCGUAGCAAGUGAGAAUAAGAAGAAAACUAGAACAAGAUCGGGCAAAACUUCACCCAGAAAACGUUUCAAAUCCGAAUCAAAGGGAGAAAACUGCAAACUCUUGUCCGACAUCAAACAAGAGCCAAUAUUGGAUGUCGCUAAUGCAGAAGCCACACACGGACAGAAUGCUAGCACCAAGUUACGAGCCGAGAAACGCACACACGGAGAAAUGACGGAAGUGAAAUCAACCGAAAAUGCUAACAGGAGGACGUCUGAAUGUUAUCUUGAGAUAGAAUGUGGAAAUAGCAGUUAUAAGACCGGUGAUGCAAAACGAAAUGUCUCUGGUGAUGCAAAACAAAAUAUAUCUGAAAAUGGCGAUGGAAUCGGUUUGAGCCGUUCUCACAGAAAGACGAUGAAGUUAAAAGAGAAAACUCGCAAAAACUCGGACACUGUGUGCAGUUCUGUUGUGAAUUCCUCCACCGUGGAGAGUAACUCUAGUCCACCAUCGCUGGAGAAAUGUAGUGACGUUGGUGAAGCAGGACACGUGCCCACAGCACAGAAACAGGCUAAUGUGAAUAAUAACCAUAACGGCGUUCUGUGUUCUGUUAAUUCUCAGGGAAAGACGAUAUUACAGGGUAAGGAUGCGACAAUCAAGUCGAAUGUGCCAAAGGUUUCACUUCUCAACAAGACCACGAUGUUGUCGCCCAAGUCGCAGAUGUAUAUCAAAAGCAUGGACGAAAAAGGAAAUGUGGUUCUUCAGCUAAUUGGCGAAAGAUCGCCGAUCCAAAAUAGUGCAGACAGUUUGCUGCUUGCGAGAACUGGUCAGGUGUCCUUGUUGGAUGGGAAGAAGAAAUCAUGCUCUGAUGGACGAAAGGGGUCGGACCAGUUUGUGGUAGCUUCUAAUGAUGUAACGACUUUGUCGACAGUGUCGCCUGUUCGCGGUUUGGCAUCGCCAAAAUCCACUAAACCGUUGGUGUAUUCUUUAACGACUCCCGUGCAGAUGGCUGCUUCCUGUGAUAAAACGUCCGAUUCCGUCUCAAAGUCUUCUGUAGUAACUUCCUCCCUUUAUAGUGCUUUACCGCAGUCGGAUGUGAAUUCCAUCAACAGAGGUGGAGCACCAGUAUCCAUUGUGAAUUCCACCCAAAGCUCUGGUGUACCAGUAUGUGAUGUAAAUCCCACCCUCAGAAGUGUUGCUCCUGUAUUGACUGUGAAUUCCACCUACAGCAUUGGUGCUCCACAAUCGGAUGUAAAUUCCACCCACAUAGGUGUAGCAUCGACGUCCACUGGGAAUUCCACCCACAGCACUGGUGCACCAGUAUGUGCUGUGAAUUCCACCCACAGCACUGGUGUACCAGUAUGUGCUGUAAAUUCCACCCACAGGAGUGGCAUUCCUGUGUCUAAUGUACAUUCCUCCCACAUCGCCGUAGCACCGACCAUCCAGUCAGUGCGUCUUAUAGUGACUCCUCAGGGACUGAAAAUGAUUCCUAUCGGUGACGAAGGAAAGGAAGGCGUGUGUACUUUGAUCUCUAAUCUGUCGGUUCAGAACAAAACUGAAGUGCAUAAUAAAAAUAGCCCAAAUUUCACAUCAUCUGCUAAAAGUAGUCUGAGGCCAGAACAGAAGCAGAAUAAAGAUGGUAGUGCGUGCGCAGCUCCUCAGCUCAUUUUAGCAAACAUUGGGGCUCAGACAUUUGUUUUGAAAGUUGUGCCAAAUACGAACUCCGGUUCCCUUGCUGGAGUACAAAACUCAUCAAAAGUCGGAGACAGUUCGGCUGGGAAACCAGUCCCCGGUAAGCAGACGGUCUCAGGCUCCACCGGUUUUGUCAGUACAAAGAGCUCCUUGCUGAUUGGUUCACCCAAGUGCAAUAAAAUAUCACCCACCAAUAAGAACUUGGCAGGAAACGUUUCAAAUUCUCUAGCCAAUCGGAACACGGGAAUUCCUGCGGCAUCAGCCAAUCCAAGCCAGUCUUACAUAAAGUCGCUGUUGAAGCUGCCAUACAGCUGUGAUGAAAAGAAACUGCUGGUUCUGAGGAAGGAUAAGGAACGAGAGAAGGACAUUAGAGAAGAAAUUCCUCAUCUCAAUCUCGGCGAUUAUUCCGACAUGUUGUCUCUCGUGAGAGCGGCGGUACGGCAUCACCCGGUCGUCCGAGAUCCAAUAGACCAGGUGACACAUCCCUAUUGUGCCAAAUCGACAGAACACUGGCUGCGGUGGAAUAUCGGCAAGAGACGGGCAUCGGAGUGGCAACGAGCGUCAACAGUGCGACGGUACAUUACUAAACACUUGCAAGAUGAUCGCAGCUUUAAAGGGCAGCAACUCUGGACAACGAAGCAGAUAAUGACUUGGUGUCGUUUUCAUGCUUACAGUCCUCACUACCUUGAAAAAAUUUCCCUACCUCCAUCUGGGUGUUCCAAAGGGGAGAGAAUUCCCGACAGCCUGAGUUCCGAGAUGGAGGAACCCGCAGCUAACUGUAAACUCUGCUCGCUGUCCGAAGCCGGGACUCUCGUUUCCAGGGUAACGGCCGUAACGGAAAGUUUGGACGAUACAGAUGCAAGCAGUACAGAAGAAGAAAUAGAAAUCCUUUCAGUUGAUCAGCCCAAGGUGAAGAUAAAGUUGGAAGUGAAGAAGGAACCCAUUUCACACACCGAUCCUCUCUACCUACCUCUCUCCGACCAAGCCAUGUUCGUGCAGGAAAUAGAUCAAAAGAUAGGAGUUCAUUUCCAGCCCAUUGAGAUUGAAGAUGGUGUGUAUGGUUCUGCAUCAGAGGAGAUCAUCUUUGGGGUUAUGAAGUGUUUUAUGGAAGACAUUGUUCGCCAGGCGUUCCACUGCAAGUCUACGAAAGACAGAAACAUUGACUCAAUUUCUGUGGCAGAUGUCCAUGAAGGUCUGUCCACUCUAGCUCACGCAGACUUCAUCACCAACAAGUACAUGGGAGUGAGAGAAGAACAAAUGAACAGUGACAUCAGUUGACAAUAGGAGUGAAAGAAGAACAAACUGACAUCAGUUGACACAAUGGAAGUGAAAGAAGAACGAACAAACAGUGACAUCAGUUGACACAAUGUGAGUGAAAGAAGAACGAACGAACAGUGACAUCAGUUGCAUUAUGGUAUAUAGCCCACGAUAUGAUACGAUAUAUAGCCCACGAUAUGAUACAUAGCCCACAAUACGAUACGCACAAUGAUAUGAUAUAUAUCUUGAAGGACAUAACCUGUCAAUAAGUAUAUGUUGGUACAAAUUGAUGUUGGUAAAUCGAUACAGAAUUACAGUAGGAAUCCAUACACAGGCAACAGAAUCGUGUUGCUUAUCAGCAGCAGUAGUAGAGGCACCGAUUUUCCGCAAUCGCGGAAUCGCGGAAAUACCUAUCUGAAACGGAAUUCCAGAUUUUUUUUCAAAACAUUAUUUAACUUUAAAUAGCGCAUUUGAUUAAUUAAAAUUAAUUUUUCCAACUAGAAACUAUGGACACCGACAUCUGCCUGUGCUACGCUAUGACACUAGUACCUUUGUAUGUUACGCCAAAUGUUUAAUGUAAAGUAUAUAGACGUUUUACCAGUCGUGUUUUCUUCGCUUAUUCUCUGCGAUUUAACAGGAAAAACCGAACAUUGUGAGCUCGAUAUUUACUCACGUGAAAGAUAUAUUAUGUUAUGUUUGCUUAUUAAUUUUUAACAUUUGCGGCAUUGCCAUAUUUCCGAUCUCACAAAGGAAUGCA